AUGGCACGCCGCCCCGUACACGGACUGCUUCGCCCACUGCUCCUCGCCGUCUGCUGCCUCCUCCUACUUCAGGUCUCCGAGUGCUCUAGACCACCAUCGCCAUCGCCGGCGGACGAUCACCUCGACGACGCGCUGCACCACCAGCUGCUGCUGCUCGAUGCCGAGGUGGCCCGCACCGCCCGGCCGCCCACCUGCAGCACGGAGGUGGCGGGAGACGGGAGGACCGGCGCCGCCGCCGCCGCCGCCGCGGCACUCUCGUCCGCGCCGGCGACGACGACGCCAGGGCGGGCCGUGCCUGCCGUUGUCGCUUCUUCGCGGCCGCGGCAGACGAGCGACCGAGCGCUGGUGCGAGCGGGGAUGCUGCUGCGCUCCAAGCUAGCGCGACGGUUUCUGGCAAGGGUAGGCGUGGUGGAUGGGGCGUCGUGCCACUCCUACAGCCCGCACAUAAACUGCCCACCGGCGGGAAAGCCCUAG